GCGUGUCGCUUCGCUUUAUUUUCAACACUUAUACAGACAUGUUACCUGCCAUGUGAUUGCUAGUGCCGGUGUCUAAGAACCGGUGACAUUCGUUUAGUGAUACCGGUCAUUAGUGUCGUGGGCGUCACCUCGCGCUUCGUGAGAUCUGACACAUCAACUGCCGUUGGCAUGAUCGUUGCCAUCAGAGGAGUUGGGCUUUCAUCGUUGUUGAUCGUGCCUGCUUGUGCAAGAAGUAGUGCCGGUUCCUCCUCGUCAACCUUGGCAAGAUUUGCAGGUUGCUCUCCCUUGCAUUCAAUCCGCGGUGCCCUCCAAUUUCUAGACAAAUGUCCCAACUUGUUGAAAUUGAAACACUUUACUUGCGACAUGUCACAUUCAGCCUUACCGUCGCGAAUGAUGCGGUCUUGCGCGCACAAGGUUCAGGUUUAGGAUCGCUUUUCGGUACGUUGUUGCCGUCGCUGGAACUCAAACCUUUUCCAAGCUCGUGUUGUCUCCUUCGCGCAUCCCACUCUUCCUCAGUGACGAGAAGUCGGAUACUUGAGCUUUGAGUGUCCAGAUCACAUCUCUCCCCAUUAGUGCGGAGACGUCCGAUAAGGUUCUUCACCGUCAUGGCGUUCAGAUCGAGCAUUGUUUUGAUCGAGCAUGCCAUCUGCAAAGAUUGAGGCGGAACAAUUCAGAAUAUCUUUUGGACCACCCUGAUUUACUCGACAAGGUCACCUAGGGUACACAGGUUGUUGACGAUCUGGAUGAUUUGGAAGUCGAAGGCGUCAAGCGUUUUGACGUCCUUGAAGGCAAUCUGUUUGAACUCCCUGCACAGUCUUUGAGCUGUCGCUUCUCGGCCGCGGUCCACCCGCAUACGCAUCAUCUUGAUGGUCUUCCACGUCUCUUUGGCCAUCGGCUUGACAACGAGAGUGCCCAUCGUCUCCACCGAUACGGCCCGUAUGAGUGAUGAGUGCGGCGAGCAUGUCGUCGCGGUCACUAAUGUCACCAACACCUUUGAUGGUCUCCCACAGACCUUGAGCUCGCAAGUUGAUCUUCAUCACCAAUGUCCAGUCGAUGUAAUUUGUGGACAUUAGGGAUGUUGCCGCUCCCUGCGACUAAGUCCCCUUCUCACCCUGCUGCAUACGUUGUGAUUUCGUGUUCGCGGAGGCGUGCUAGAGCGAGAUGGCGCCUCGAAACCACAGGAAUCUAUCGUUGGUGCCCAGAGACUUCUAAUCGUGCUCUGAUACCAAAUGACAGACCUGGAGGUCAAUGGUGAUUUAACCCUAAACAAAACACAGCACAAUACAACAGAGUUCAACUCGAUACCAGACUCCAGUAUAUGUGUGAAAUUGUCUACCUGUGUAGAC